AUGACCGGAUCCAGCAAGCGAGCCCACUUCACACAAAACUUCCUUCUUUUUUCCCCUUCCGACCACAAAACCAACUUCAGUCGCAACGCUCAAGAUAUCCAAGGACGCGACAGUUCAGAAUCAGUCAAGAUGCCUAGCCAAAAGUCCUUCCGCACCAAGCAGAAGCUUGCCAAAGCCCAGAAGCAGAACAGACCUAUCCCACAAUGGAUUCGGCUGAGAACCGGCAACACUAUCAGAUACAACGCCAAGCGAAGACACUGGCGCAAGACCCGUCUCGGAAUCUAA